AUGAAAUAAGACUCACAUUUAAAUAAAAAUGUUACUUUUAACACUCGAUCAUAUCUCAGAAAUUGGAUUUCGUUUAUUACUAUGGAUCACAUACUUAUACCUAAAUAAAUGGGCCCCGUUUAUUAAACAUAUAGAAGAAGAGGAACUAUGGUACUAUCGUUACCCAUCCGUUCCCAGUAUCAUACCCCUUAUAUACCUUUACCUGGUGAUGAUAGGCAUCCCUUUACUCGUUUAUAUCAUUAGCUUUUUGUGUAGUAAAAAAGAGACGAUUUAUAAUGAUUUGAGAAAUCAGUUCUAUGGAAUCUCGUUGGCAUAUGGCAUUAAUGCAGUUUUAACGGCCCUUCUAAAAGUCAUCAUAGGACGACCGAGACCCAAUUUCUUUUAUCGCUGUUUCCCGGACGGCGUGGGUAUAGAUAUACAAAACUGUACGGGCGAUUGGGGAAGCCAAAUGGACGGUAGGAAGAGCUUUCCCAGUGCACAUUCUUCCUUUUCCUUCACUGGGAUGGUAUAUAUAACCCUUUACAUGUUUAACGAGUAUGAUUUCAGUCAUCCCUGUUUCGCAAGAGGAGUAAUAUUUUUCCUCGCCUUGUUGCCAAUAAUACUUGCGAUAGUAAUUUCUCUUAGCAGAUUUUGUGACUAUCAUCACCACAUGUCAGAUGUAGUGGGAGGCGGCAUAAUAGGUACCUCUAUAGCCCUGCUGGUAUUUCACUAUUAUAGUGAGUAUAACAUCGAGAAGGACCGGAAAUAUCUUGAAAAAUUAAGAGAACUUCAUGUUGCUGACAUGGAAGUAGAAUAAACCUACUCAGCUUCCACCUUGAACU